AUGCAAUCGCGGGACGCGAAUCUUCCCGUCUACCGGCGAGUAUUCGGCUCCGCAUUUCUCCAGCCGGCAGCGCAGCAGCAGCACGGCGUGGAGUGGCAGUCGCGGUUGCGCCACGUGUACUUAGUGGGCGUCAUAGUCGACGUGGAUAAGCUCCCCUUUAAAUUCGUCCGAUUCGCCUUAGAUGACGGCAGCAUGACCGCCGCCAGCUGCGCUCACCCCGCCCCUUCAACCGCCCUGUUUCCCGACCCGUCCCCCGCACCGUUCCCCGCCCCGUCGCCCGCCCCCCCGCGCACCGCCUCCGCCCGUGUCUCUGCCCCUUCGGCUAUCGCGACACCCCCAGCGCGACUUGCGGGCGCGUUACCAGUCGCCGCACCGCAACUGUCCACCGUCUGUGCCACGCGGCCUGUGCGCGCAGUGCCAUGUGUGCUGUGGCUCAACAGUCGCGAUCACGCAGAGCGCCACGUGGCGAUGCUGCAGGCAGCCACGUGUGUCCACGUGGGCGCGCUGGUGGGCGUGCGGGGGAGAGUGAUGGUGUUCAAUGGACGGAGGCAGGUGACAGUGGACGCGGUGUGCGCGAUAUCAGAUCCAAACGAGGAAAUAUUGCACUGGCUGGAUUGUCUCGAAAUUACACAUCGGAGGUGA